UAUCGAAGUGCCUUCUCACUUUUCACCAAAUUUUCACACACAACAUAAUAGUACACACCCCUAUCCUUCUAGACCCAUCAAUCUCUCAAAGCCGGCCGAAGGCCUUCAAAGACCUUCGGUUCAUCUUCGUCACCGUUAAUCAAGAACCAGGAUCAUGAAGCAAAAGGUCGUGAUCAAGUUGUCUGUGCACGAUGAAAGGACCAAAGCCAAAGCUAUGAAAACUGCAGUUGGGGUAGAUGGUGUGAACUCAGCAAGUUAUCAACGUGACAAGGAACAAAUAGAGGUAACGGGGGAAGGGGUUGAUGUAGUUGUGCUCACAACUUCGCUUAGAAAAAGCUUGAAGUAUGCUGAUGUGCUGAGUGUGAUCCCUGUGGAGGAGAAAAAGAAAGAGGAAAAGAAGGAGGAGUGUGCCAUGGGUUACCCUCAAUACGUGGUGGCUUAUCCUUCGUAUGAAGAACCCGCCAGUAUAUGCACCAUUCUGUGAUUGAUAACUAAUUGUAUGUACUAGCUUCUCCACACUUGUUUUCAAGCUGAUUUGGUAUUGCUGUACUUUAAAAAAAACUAAUUAUAAUGUGCUGUGAGAAUAAGCAGCUGUGAAAUAAAGCAGCAGAGUGUUUGGUAUAA